GAGACAGAGACUGCACUGUUUCCUUUCUCUUCUGUUUUCCUGUUGUUGGCAUCUUGAUCUGAUGUCGUCUCUCCACCUGCCUGUCAGUCUGUAUGUCUGUAUUUCUUCUUCCUUUACUUGCUGUUCAUUGUGACUGUGAUGGAUUUCAGGACUGUUGUGACCAUCUUAACUCUUUUACUCAUGACUGCUGAAUCAGAACAAACAACACUUGGGCCAAACAUCACAGAGACUACCUUCCCUACACAGACUCACAGCACCGGCAGGGACUGGGUCACCCCCAAUACUACUGCCACUGCUGGCAUCACCUCCAAUCCCAGCAGCUCUGCACCUGCCAUGGGCCUCCUCAUAAUCAGAUGGACGAGUGAAUGUGAAGGAGACGUUAACCUGAUCCUCUAUCAUCGCCCUGAUUCCUCCUCUCCUGUCUGUUAUGGCAGUGAAACCAACAUCAUGAUUAUUUUAAGAAAUGUGUGUGAAAAUCAUGAAGGUUGUACAGAAACAUCGAGCUGGGACAGAGGCAGAGAACAGCUGGAUGGCUAUGACAUCACAGAGAGGGGAGCAAAGGAGAGGAGAUGUGAGAUACUGAGGGUCCGAUGCACAGUUGCGGGAGAUGUACAGGGGCAGCUUCAUGCCUACAAAGUGGUGACAGCUUUGGUCUGCUGCGUGCUGCUGGUCCUGUUACUGAUCCGCUUCACCAGACCCACCGUCAAAGCCCUGCAGAAGAGACUAUCAGAAAGGAGGCAGAAUCGCUGGAUUGGACCUACACAGAGUCACAGUGUGUCUUACCAUCGCGGAAAAACUGCAGUUAAAAUCAAUGACGAAGAGAAGAGACUUUCCUACCCUGCUCUGGAGCGACUGGCAGUCAGUGAAAGCAGAGAGCCUUCAUCUAACAGGAACAGUGAUUACAACUUCUGACAUGCCUCUUCUUCUUGCAUAGUCAUCAUCAUCAUCAUCAUCAUCAUCAUCAUCAUCAUCAUCAUCAUCAUCAUCAUUUUAUAUGUGGGCUAAACAUAUGUUCAUAUUUGACUAUUUCCAAAGUGUAUCUUUGACAAUAUAUCACCCAUGUUAGGUUGAGGAAUUACUUAUAAAGACAUAAUUCAAGAUCAGGUGAAAUUGAUAAUUCACUUUUGAUAUACAUGCAUUUGCUGCAUCACAUACAAAAACUUCUGCUUUAAAAAAUAGUCAGUUUUUCCAACCAUCAAUGUGUGGUAUUGCAUCUAAACUCAAUUUAGCAGCCUUUUUUAUAAAUGAAAAUAGAAAUGUGUUUUUUUACUUUUAGCUAGGCUACCAGUUUUGUCUUAGUGCUAAGCUAGACAAAACACAUUUCAAUAAAACAGAGUAACUCACCACGUUUCCAAAAUGUUGAUUGGAUUGUAUUGAUCGGAAAAACAUUCAUGAAAAAACUCUGAGAAUAUUGAUUCAAUAACAUAUAAUUCACUGACAUUGUGACAUACGUUUUGUGUCUUUUGUUGACUGUUUGUGAUUUUUGAUUAAUAUUGUGAAGUUUUUGUUUUCAGUAAAAUUAUAUAAAUUGUG